UAACCACGUGACAAAAAGGAACGAGUGAUCACUGGAGGAAAUUAAUUGGUGUUGCUUAAAAAUAACUCUUGAAUGGUCGCAACGAUUGACAUUUUAAAAGAUACUUAGAAAUUUAACCAUGUCGUCAAGCAUUCUCUGUGGACCAUGUCAGUAUGAGGACAACAUUAAAGGUGCAAAGAAAUGGUGUACUGAUUGUGAAGAUGGAUAUUGCGAAGACUGUGAAAAGGUCCAUAGAUCUACAAAAAUGUCCAGAAAUCAUACACUAAUAUCUAUUGCAGAUUAUCAGAAAAUAAAAGAUGUUUCCGUUAAACAAAAUUGUGAGGAUCACGGUAAAAGGUUCGAUCUAUACUGUAGUACGCAUGACAAAGCUUUGUAUAUAAGUUGUGUUAAUCAACACAAAUCUUGUCCUGACGUCUCUCCACUGGAAGAAGCUGCUCGUGAUGCCAAACAGUCAACUGCUUUUGCUGACGUAGAAGAUACAAUUAAAGGAGCGUUGGAAAAUAUCGAAAUAUGCAUCAAAGACCAAGAAUCAACAAGAAAACAAGUCGAAAAUCAAGAACAAAUGAUAAGGAAAAAUAUUAAGGAAAUACGCGAAAAAAUUAAUAAACAGUUGAAUGUCCUAGAGCAAAAACUAAUCAACGACCUUUCAGUUAAAUCUGCUAAGUGCAAAUCAUCACUUGAAAAAACAUUAAACCAGUUGAAUGUUUCUGACAAAAAGCUAAUUCAGUUAAAAGAAGAAACACAGAAGAUGAAAAAGUUCGCCUCAGAUGUACAAGUCUUUCUAGGAACACGUGAAGUGAACAUAAUUGUUGCCAAGGAAACAGAGACUAUCACGAGGACGAUUAAUGCUGCUCUUCAUUUUAAGAUCGAGGCAGAAUUAGAUUUGAAUAUUUCUUCAUUACUAAAUCGGGACAAUGAAAUGGGCAAGAUAUUUCUUCAGGAAAUUCCGACAGGUUUGCAAUUCAAAGAUGCAAAAAUUGACCAAGCUCAAAAGCAAGUUUCUGUUUCACUCGAAAGAGGUUUUCGUGACCUUCGUUUACAAUUAAAACAGAAACUAAAGAUAUUAAGAAAGAAAAACGAGAUAAGUAUUAAUGUUACUGGUUGCCUAACUUUGCCUAAUGGUCACGUAUUGAUAGCAGUCCGUAGAAGUUUUGAUGAACAUUAUAAUAGUUACUUAAUUGAGUAUAACAAGGAAGGCAAUCACAUCAAUGAUAUCCGACUCUCAAAACACCCCUUUGAUUUAACAUCGAUCGAUUCAGAUCGAAUUGCUAUCACUUAUGGCAAUGUUUCACCGUUAAUCAAAACCUUUUAUCGAUGGUUCAAGUUGCCUCUGUAUGUUGAAAUAAAAAACAUCACACAUGACAGCAGUAUCAAAAUUCAAUUAAAUAACAGUUGCUGGGGAAUAUCCCAUCAGGACGGCAGACUGUAUGUGAUAGUAGAAGAAGAGGGUAUAUUGGUAGCUGAUGUAUCAGGAAACAUCUUAAAUACUUUGCGAAUAAAUACUUGCAAUGUUAAAUAUACUUCAACGUCGAAAGAUAUAAUAUGCUACUCAGAUGACGUGCAUAAUUCUGUACACUGUUGCAACAUGGAAGGCAAAGAGAUCUGGGUAUUCCAACAAAACAGCAAUUUUCGUCCCGCUGGAUUAUCAGUUGGACACAAUAAUGAUAUAUUUGUAGUCGGCUGUGCAUCUAACAACAUAACUCUGAUUCACCACAACGGCACUGAAAGUAAAAUCCUACUAACUGCAGCAGACGGGCUUAACGAACCAAAAACUUUGCAUUAUGACAAAAAUGGUAAAACUUUGCUCGUAUGUGAUAAAACAAAUGCUGCAUUGUACAACGUCGUUUUAAAUAUCUGAUAAAAAUGUAUCUCAAACCGUAAACGUUACUUAAUAAAUCUUUAGAGGUUGCAAAACUGAAACAUUUAUUUUGGCUAUUAAGUGUAAAUGUGGAACAUGGCAUUUGUAUUUGACCAAUGGUGUCCGUCUAGAUUUGGGCGUCAACAGUUUAGUUUUAGGAAACCAUGUUUUGAAACUUAAAUAAGAGCUAUACCGAUCUAUCUUCACGCUGUCUCUUUACAACAGUAAAGGAAUAUGCAUAUUUAUUUUUAAAUUAUGGGGACCUUAUAUUAUGUUCGACAAUGUCUCUUUCGUGUCUUUAUAACAGGUCUUUUCAUAAGUAUUCAAAGUAACUAAUGUCUGUUAAAGAUGAACUUUUCAUAAUAGCGACCCGGACACAUGAAAUUUGUAUAGUUUUAGUUUUUAGUUUUUUUCUAGACUUAAAUUUUGAAAUAAUUUGGCUUUCAUAUAUUAUUAUUUCAAUUAUGCAAUCAAUCUUUACCAUGGUUGGAAGGAUUUUGUCUCAAAGAAAAGAACAAUCUCUUUUGUGAAACGAAAUGUCAAGGUCAGUGGAGAUAUAUCAAAGGACUGGCGAAACUCUUUACGAAUCGUAUCUGUUGAUACGUUAUAACUUUGGUGGA